AUGCGUCUAUUCACCCAUGGCCAGGUGCUUGCUCUUCUGGCCUUCGUGAACACCAUCUCUGCUAUCCCGUCAUUCUCUACCAACAGCUAUCCCGCCCACCCUGCGGAACCGGUCUCUCUUGUCUCACAGCACCAGCCUCAGGCUCCUCUUGGACUGUGGACGAGACUUCGCAAUUCGGUGAUAGAGAGAGUGUGGGGUGUUCCGCCUCAACAGCGCCAUAGAGGGGGAAAUAAGCACCAGUAUCCUCCAUUCUCCGCCCCUGCGUCUUUACGAACGCGGUAUGGUGAUGAUGUCGUCCUGCGAUUUAAACUACAAACUGCAGAUGAAGUCAAGGCGCUUGUCGAGGCGUCUAAUAUUCUCUUCUUAGAUGUCUGGUCGUCAACCGAUGAGUGGAUAGAUAUCAGGCUGGCCAAGGAUGUGGUUCCAUCCCUCCUCGGUUUGCUUCCAAAGUCACUGCAAACAACACAUGUCCCUCUCAUUCGUGACCUUCCUCAAACCAUCUAUGAAUCCUAUCCUUCCCCAUUCCAGAGCUCCUCGGGCCAUGAACGAGGUUUCUUGCCUUCCGGUGAACCCUCCUCCGAUGCAACGAACAUAUUCUUCGAAAAUUAUCAACCGCUUUCCGUGAUUGUUCCUUGGAUGCGUUUGCUAGCCUCGAUGUUUCCGUCACAUGCCCAAUUUAUUAGCAUUGGCUCGUCAUUUGAGGGUCGCGAUAUCCCAGCUCUUCGAGUGGGAGUUCGGCCAGCUAAUGAUCAGAAACCUCGCCGGACCCUCAUAAUCGAAGGCGGCUCCCAUGCGAGAGAAUGGAUCGGUGUUUCGACAGUAAACUAUGUAGCAUACUCGUUGAUCACUUCCUACGGAAAAUCCAAACCCAUUUCCACACUUCUGGAACAAUUUGACUUCAUCUUCAUCCCGACCAUCAAUCCUGAUGGCUAUGUGUACACUUGGGAAACUGAUCGCCUGUGGAGAAAAAACAGGCAGGAAACUAGCCUUCCGUUUUGCCAUGGCGUGGACUUGGAUCGCACAUGGGGCUUCGAAUGGAACGGCAACGUUACUGGAGAUAACCCGUGCUUAGAAUCUUACGGCGGAGAUAAGCCAUUUGCGGGAGUUGAAGCUCACCAAUUAGCUGAAUGGGUGAAAGAGCAAACAGAGCAACGUAACGCUAAAUUCGUCGCCUUCGUUGAUCUCCACUCAUAUUCCCAACAAAUCCUGUAUCCAUAUUCAUAUUCCUGUCUAUCUCAGCCACCCAACUUGGAAAAUCUCGAAGAGCUUGCGAUGGGCAUUGCAAAGGCAAUUCGCCUGACCAACAGAAAAACCUACGCCGUAAGCUCGGCCUGUGGGGGACUCAUGGCGUCUCAGAAGAAAAAAGUCAAAUCGGAAACAUUCCUCCGAAUGGAGAGUACCGGAGGCAGUGCGCUGGACUGGUUCUAUCAUGACUUCGGUGUCAAAUACGCCUACCAACUCAAACUGCGCGACAGAGGCAGCUAUGGGUUCCUAUUGCCGCGGGAAAAUAUCGUCCCAACGGGGAAUGAGGUGUUCAAUGCAGUUAUGAUGUUAGGCAGAUUCUUGUUGGGGAAAUCCCGUGCAUUUCAGGAAUUGGAUUGGGACGCUGGGUUUCAGCGGCCCAACAAGGAUGACAAACCUAUCCUUAAUGACGAUGACGAUGAUGAUAAUGAUGACGAUGAUGAUGAUGAUGAUGAUGCUGACACGAACGAUGAUGGAAUUGGCCGAAAAGAUGACUCCUGGGUACCCGAUGAGUACAAAGGCGAUAACGAUCGAGAUGAAAGUGAUGGUGGGUGGGGCUUCCGUAGACUGCGAAAACGAUAG